UAAGAUACCGAAAAAUAUUGGGAACACCAGAAAAAUGAGAGAACAAACACAAGAAGAAUAUAUGAGAGAAAAAAUUAUAUUUCCACUAUUUCAGGACAAUAUACAAAAAACUCUUCCCUGUUUACAAGACUAAAUUUCAGACACUCAUAAACAGAUCUUUCACAUCCUAUGCCCGGAUGUAUUUUUCCGAGUAACUAAAACCAGUUACUCCCUACACUCACCACACUUACCAAGACCCCUUGGAUUUUCCCGGUGGUAUUCUUGUGUAGAAUUUCUCCCAUGCUUCUCUCUCUACAUUAGUGGUGUGUAAAACCCACACACACAAAUACACCGUAGCCUUUCCAUUUUAAAGGGCAAAAAAGAGAAGCAUAAUUAUUUGCCCCAAUCAAUUUGCUACAGGAGAGAAUCUAAUCACAUGCAUACUUCCACCUUUUUAACUCCACUCAUGGAGUACUUUUGGCUUUCCCUCUGUCAGGCUCUUUUUUUUUCUUUUUUUGAUUUUUCUUUUCUUUCUUUUUUUUUUAAAUAUUUAAUCAAUAUUUCCUAACAAACUCCACCUUGAUUAAAUAAUCAAAAACUUUGUAGCUCCACUUUACUUCUCCAGUGAGAUCACUGCUACUCCGAAAUAAAAAAAAUAUCCUUGGCUCCAUCUUAGUCUGCUCCACCGAGAUCACCGGUGGCAAUCUCAAAGAAGAAAAGAAAUACCUUGUGGCUCCACCUUGCUCAAUACCACAAGAGCCCAGCCACUUCCAGUUGCCGUUGAAACCGUGACUCCACCACAACCGACCCCGUCAAGAUCUUUGUCACUACCUUAGCUCCUUAGAGUUUUAACCCUCCAUCCCGAGCAAAAAAAACAACUCACCUUUGUUAAUACUCUCUGAGACCACCCCUCUAGCAAUUAGUUUUUUUCGAUCCGCCCAUCUUGCACCGCCGCAGCAACACAUGCGGGACACGCCGCCCGACCUCUUCUUGCCGGGAAGACUUUCGACACAAGACAUAAACCGCAGUUUUCCACUCCGCUAGACCACGGGUCUCCUCAUAUCAUUUUCCUGCACCAUACUUCACAAGCCAGCAUGCCGCUUCGUACCCGGUCCUCAUGCCAUCCACUUUGUUCUUGAAGUCCCAUGGUCGCCUUCUGGCCAAAACUGACCAGUCCCUGGGUUCUCAAAAUUUCUCCUUUUACCGCUUACAAAUCCCUCCUGCCCAGCGCAACCAAGCUCCGAUACCAA